AUCCAGGAACCCCUGGUCCCUAUCUAUUAAUAGGAAUUAAUUAAUAAGGGCUCUUUAAGUCUCUUGCUAUUCAGAGUAUAUCUUUCAGGCAUCAUUACCAAGAACCUUUUGAACACACAGAAUUUCCAGGCCCUGCCUAUUACCCAGAUCCCAAGAUGACUGGUGUGCCCACAGAAGGUUAAGAAGCAGCACUUUGAUCCACUGAAAACUUCAUUUACAGAGCAUCUUUUAGGAGCCACCUUGGUGCUAAGAAAAGUGAACAACCUUUGUUAGAGGUGAUGGCUGUGGGCACAUAGUGACCUAUCAGGACAGCGGCACAAUGACGUCUAAGAAUUAUCCAGGGACUUACCCCAAUCACACUGUUUGUGAAAAGACUAUCAGAGUACCAAAGGGGAAGAGACUGAUUCUGAGGUUAGGAGAUUUGGAUAUUGAAUCCCAGACCUGUGCCUCUGACUACCUUCUCUUCACCACCAAUUCCGAUCAGUAUGGACCAUAUUGUGGAAGUAUGUCUGUUCCCAAAGAACUCCUACUGAACACAAACGAAGUCACUAUUCGCUUUGAGAGUGGAUCCCACAUUUCCGGGCGGGGAUUUUUGCUGACCUAUGCCAGCAGCGACCAUCCAGAUUUAAUAACGUGUUUGGAACGAGCUAACCAUUAUUUGAAGCCAGAAUACAGUAAAUUCUGCCCGGCUGGUUGUAGAGACAUAGCAGGAGACAUUUCUGGGAAUCUGGUGGAUGGAUACAGAGAUACCUCUGUAUUGUGCAAAGCCGCCAUCCAUGCUGGAAUAAUUGCAGAUGAGUUGGGAGGUCAGAUCAGCGUGCUUCAGCUCAAAGGGAUAAGUCGAUAUGAAGGAAUCCUUGCCAAUGGUGUCCUUUCAAAAGAUGGUUCCCUGUCAGACAAGCGAUUUCUCUUUACCUCCGAUGGUUGCAGCAGAUCAUUGAGUUUGGAGCCUGAUACGCAAAUCAGAACUACUUGGCAGUGGGUCAGUGAGAUGGGAGAACAGCUCCAUUGGUCCCCUGGCCAAGCCCAGCUUCAGGACCAAGACCUAUCAUGGGCUUCGGGGGACAGCAGCAAGAACCGCAAACAGCGAGAAUGGCUGGAGACCGAUUUGGGAGAGAAAAAGAAAAUAACAGGAAUUAUGACCACAGGAUCCACACAGUCGAAUUUCAACUUUUAUGUUAAGAGUUUUGUGAUGAAGUUCAAAAACAGCAACUCCAAGUGGAGGACCUAUAAAGGAAUUGCAAAUAAUAAAGAGAAGGUGUUUCAGGGCAACUCUAAUUUUCGGGAUCCAGUGAGGAAUAAUUUUAUCCCUCCCAUCGUGGCCAGAUACGUGCGGGUUGUCCCCCAGACAUGGCACCAGAGGAUCGCCUUGAACGUGGAGCUCUUUGGUUGCCCGAUUACACAAGACAAUGAUUCAUUGGUGUGGCGCAAAACAAGUCCAAAUACUGUUAGUUCAACUAAAAGAGAAGAUGAGAUCAUCACAAGCUCCAUCCCCUCAGAAGAAAUCCCCACAGGAAUAAAUGUCACAACUGUUGUUAUUCCACUGGUGCUCCUGGCUCUGCUGGUUGCUGGAAUGGGAAUCUUUGCCGCCCUUAGAAAGAGGAAGAAGAAAGGAAAUCCAUAUGGAUCAGCUCAGGCCCAGAAAACAGACUGUUGGAAGCAGAUCAAGUAUCCCUUUGCCAGACACCAGUCGGCUGAGUUUACCAUCAGCUAUGAUAAUGAAAAGGAGGUGACACAAAAGUUAGAUCUCAUCACAAGUGAUAUGGCAGAUUACCAGCCUCCGCUCAUGAUUGGCACCGGGACGGUGGCGAGGAAGGGCUCCACCUUCCGUCCGAUGGACACCGAGGAGGAGACCCCACCUAGCGCCGAAGCCUGCGGCCACUACGACCGCCCCCUGCUGGCCGGCCGCCACGAGUACGCCCUGCCCUUGACCAACCCCGAGCCCGAGUACGCCACGCCCAUCGUAGAGCGGCACGCGGCGCGCGCGCACACCUUCUCCGGCUACAGGGUGCCCGGGCCCCGUCCGGCGCACACGCACUCGCUGUCUUCCGGCGGCGCGCCCUACCAGAGGCCGCCUCACCCCGCGCCCGCAGCCGCACGCCCGGGCUACGAUCGGCCCAUGGCCGGCGGCCAGGCCGCGGACCGCGCCCAUCCCGACUACCAGGAGCCGCGGGCAAAGCCAGCCGCCAGCGCCGCCUACGCGGCCCCCAGAGACUGCCUCCGACCCCUCAGCCCCACGGCCAUGACCGCUCUUUUGUGAGCACACUGUGAAAGCAACCUGCUGCGGUACCGAGCGGCGGGCUGUGUGCGGCCCUGGAAGAGGGGAGAUGUUCAAGUGCGCGUGUGUGAGCGUGUGUGUGUGUGUGUGUGUGCGCGUGUGUGUGUGUGUGUGAUUUCAUAGGAUCCUGCGGUGGAGUCCGAGGGACCACCUCUCCUACUGUUUACAAAGUGGUGCAUCUGGUGUUGUUCUGACCCUUAGGACAGGGGUCUGUUGGUUUUUGUUGGGCUAGAAAAAUGAAAAUUUCCAGAUAGCAUUUUCAUUUCUCUGUGAUAUUGAGCUGCUUUGGUAUAAAAUGUGCAAUCUGUACAGAGUUGUAUUUAACAUGAAUUAAAGUAACUUAAGUUCGCUUUAUCAGAGUUUUAGUUCUGCACAGUGGUUAAGUGGGAGAAUGCAGCUGUUGCGAAAUCGUAUAUAAUAGUAUGUUCACUUUUUAAGUAUAUUUUAUCCGAUACUGUGUUAGCAGCAGGUCUGUUUAAACUUAAUCUUGUUAUUGUGGCUCAUUUCCUCUCCUUUGGUAACUAGAACUAAAAGCAUUGCUAACAUUCUUCCGGAAGGAAUGAAAUUACUUGAAGCAUGAGAAGCGCACCAGGGUGGUGGUUAGCAAUUAGGAUCGUAGAUUAAAACGGAACACAACACAGCCACCUCAGCAGCUGCCUGUUCCUUAGACUCCACUUCAGAUGGGACUUGUGGAGGGGAGGCCAGUAGGGGGCGCUCGGAGCAGGAGGUCUCUGUGGCCCCCAGGGGGCCUCCCUGCCCAAGUGGGACAAAGGCCAGGUCCCACUUUGCCUCUUCCUCACCUCAGGCCUAGCAGAUACUGUGCAGCUUUCACGUGCAAAUCCACCUCUUGAAACUCUGCAAAGCCAAGUGCUGAGACUUAACAGCAACCAAAACUGCUCUCCCCACAAACUGAACGAAGGCAGCACAGCGAUUGUAGUCUGAAUUACUGUGACAGAUGCUUUUGUACCUCAGAUCGAAAAUGCGGCUGAGGUCAGAUGCCCACACUUUUCAUGACUUUCUUUAGAAAUAGCACAUUGUACUCUGAAGCACAAAGUUAUUUAAAGUGUGUUCUUACGAAAGUGACAAAGGCAAAAUCUGCAUCGAGCUUUUCUACUGAGAUGGUUGGGAAGUGAACUGAUUUUGUAAGAAACCGUGUUUCCCUUGAGUGUGUGUCUCUAAUUCCAGAUUAGUCCGGACCUCAGCUGUACCUCAUGUUCAGUGCUUUUUGUCUGUUUGCUUUGGGUUCCCUGGGGCAGGGGGGGGAGUUGACCUCUUUUGCCAAAGAGGAAAGUGUGUGCUUAACAAAAUGUGGACCAAAAAAAUCCUUGACCUAAAAAACGUAUUAUAAUCCUAUUUGUAUGACUAUGACUCUCUGUGAAAGUAUAAAUAUUAAAAUAGUGAGGGUGCUGGAAGUUCACGGCAGACUUUUUGGUUAGUUUAGGGGAUAAACCGUUUACUUUGUGGAGUUUACAUGGUUUUAUAUGCAUACUAAGUGUAAAAAUAAACUAUGCCAAAUCACA